UCUUAUUAUAAAGCAUAAAAAUCAAACCCUGCACGAAAACAAUCUAACUAGCCUGCUGAGUGUUUAUCCAACAGCGGCCUCAGAAAAAGUAAUACCAGCGCAGCUUCCUUCCAAUAUGCAAACACUAUAUAUAUUCCCCCACCAACAAUCAAAACCUUCAUCAACAAUCAAAGCCUUCAUCUCUCUCUCUCUCUCUCUCUCUCUCUCUCAAAUGGGUACUUCUCAGCAGUUUUCCUCUCUUAGCUGUAAACUAACCAUCAAACAAGCAAAACAAGUGGAAUUGAAGUCCACGGGUUCUCUCUUUGUUAGAUACUAUCUUUCUGCAGGAAACAACAAAAGAAUUCGGCUUAACAGCCGAGAAAUCUCCUCCAGGUCCGAUCUCUAUUGGAACGAGUCCUUCUCAUUGGAUUGCUUUGCUACCCACGACACCAUGGACAACCUAAAGCAAGAAAACGUGGUUUUCGAGCUCCGGUGGAGAUCAAACAAAGUGCCUGUUCUUGGGAGGAAUAUUAUUGGGGGCUCAAAACUCUUGGGUAGGGCAGAGAUUCCAUGGAAAGAAGUCUAUGAGUCACCAAACAUGGAGAUGGAGAAGUGGGUCACGAUGAUUCCCACGAGUGGAUCGCGUGUGCUUGUUGAAGGUGUCAAACCACCUAAGCUGCAAGUGGGAAUGAAAGUUCAAGUUCCUGCAACGGUGGAAAAGGAGAUCAGGAGGAGAUCAAAUUAUGGGAAGGGAAAGAAAUCAUGGGAUGAGUCAUGUGGAUGCAAAGAUGGUCAUGGGCAUGGCUGCACUAGCUGUGAAGAUUAUAAUAUUUUUGCACUAGCGGCUGCUUUGGAGGCAUUUUAAUUAGGCGCAAUGACAUAUGACAUGUAAUAUUGGUUGGAGUCGACACAAGCUAGUUUGGCCUUAUUAUUGAUUUAUUAAUUGUAUUCGGGACAUUGAGUUAAUUUGUACUUAAGCGAUGAAUAUGUAUAUUUGAUGUGAUAUGGGACUACAACUCUUGAAGAGAAAUGAAAUGAGUCCAGAUUUC